GCGGCAGCUGACGCCAUCCGGGCCAGAAAAGCCCAGCCCGGUGGCGGGCGCGACACUGACCCCGCGGCCAGGCUGAGACCCGAAGGACCGAGGCUUCCGGACGACGAGGAACCGCCCAACAUGGCCUCGGAGAGCGGGAAGCUGUGGGGUGGCCGGUUUGUGGGUGCUGUGGACCCCAUCAUGGAGAAGUUCAACGCAUCCAUCACCUACGACCGGCAGCUGUGGGAGGUGGAUGUUCAAGGCAGUAAAGCCUACAGCAGGGGCCUGGAGAAGGCAGGGCUCCUCACCAAGGCCGAGAUGGACCAGAUACUCCAUGGCCUAGACAAGGUGGCUGAGGAGUGGGCCCAGGGCACCUUCAAACUCAACCCCAAUGAUGAGGACAUCCACACAGCCAACGAGCGCCGCCUGAAGGAGCUCAUUGGCGAAACUGCAGGGAAGCUGCACACGGGACGCAGCCGGAAUGACCAGGUGGUCACGGACCUCAGGCUGUGGAUGCGGCAGACCUGCUCCACACUCUCGGGCCUCCUCUGGGAGCUCAUCAGGACCAUGGUGGAUCGAGCAGAGGCGGAAUGUGAUGUCCUCUUCCCAGGGUACACCCACCUGCAGAGGGCCCAACCCAUCCGCUGGAGCCACUGGAUUCUGAGCCAUGCCGUGGCGCUGACCCGAGACUCUGAGCGGUUGCUGGAGGUGCGGAAGCGGAUUGAUGUCCUGCCCCUGGGGAGUGGGGCCAUUGCAGGCAAUCCCCUGGGUGUGGACCGAGAGCUGCUCCGAGCAGGGGGAGGGGGCUGGGCAACCUGGUUGGGGGAGAGGAGGCCAUUCCCUGUGCUCCAGCCCAGCCCUGCUUCUUCCCACCCCCAAGAACUCAGCUUCAGGGCCAUCACUCUCAACAGCAUGGAUGCCACCAGUGAGCGUGACUUCGUGGCUGAGUUCUUGUUCUGGGCUUCGCUGUGUAUGACACAUCUCAGCAGGAUGGCCGAGGACCUCAUCCUCUAUGGCACCAAGGAAUUCAGCUUCGUGCAGCUCUCGGAUGCCUACAGCACCGGAAGCAGCCUGAUGCCCCAGAAGAAAAACCCUGACAGCUUGGAGCUGAUCCGGAGCAAGGCGGGGCGUGUGUUUGGGCGGUGUGCCGGGCUCCUGAUGACCCUCAAGGGACUUCCCAGCACCUACAACAAAGACCUACAGGAGGACAAGGAAGCUGUGUUUGAAGUGUCAGACACCAUGAGUGCCGUGCUCCAGGUGGCCACUGGCGUCAUCUCUACGCUGCAGAUUCACCGAGAGAACAUGGGACAGGCUCUCAGCCCCGACAUGCUGGCCACUGACCUCGCCUAUUACCUGGUCCGCAAAGGAAUGCCAUUCCGCCAGGCCCACGAGGCCUCCGGGAAAGCUGUGUUCAUGGCUGAGACCAAGGGGGUCGCCCUCAACCAGCUGUCGCUGCAGGAGCUGCAGACCAUCAGCUCUCCCUCUCUCCGCAGCCCCCUGUUCUUGAGUGACGUGAACCAUGUGUGGGACUACGGGCACAGUGUGGAGCAGUAUGGUGCCCUGGGCGGCACUGCGCGCUCCAGCGUCGACUGGCAGAUCCGCCAGGUGCGGGCGCUACUGCGGGCACAGCAGGCCUAGGUCCUUCUGCGCCUGCUCCCAAAUAAAGUGAGCAUGAGAGGACGCUGUUGUGUGUUUCCUGCCCCAGCCUGGCGCCCUCAAAGCUGAGCUUUCCAGGACUGGCCAGUGGGCAUGACGAGGGACUGGAAAGGCAGGACGGGAUGGCCUGUAAUCCCAGCACUUUGGAAGGGCAAGGUGCAAGGAUGCUUGAGGCCAGGAGAUCGAGAUCAGCCUGGGCAACACAGGGAGACCCCGUCUUUAUCCAGUAAUAAAACAAAUAAUUAGCCUGGU